UUGGACAAAUGAUGUUGGACUUUGAUGUAUCGGUUAUUGCAUAUUUUAUGUCCUCAUAAUGUGCAUGAUAUCAACGAUGUGAUAUUUAUAAUUCUGAAUAUGACCGGUGAAAACUCAAAUUCUCUCCAGUCUUUUAUCAUUUGUCGAGAUAGUUCUAAGGGAUUGAGACGUGAGUCCCCCAAGGAUCAAAAAAUGUCUUGGUUUUAUCAACUAUGGAACCGACAAUUCGAGAAUUAUUCUGGUGAUGAUAAUUACACAUGGGAAAUUGGUUUCACUCGUUUUGUGUUUACCAUCGCUGGCUUCUGGCCAGGAUCUAAAAAAAUAAAUCUCAUAACAUUUCCGAUAUCUUUAACGAUAAUAUUCAUUUUUCUCAUUCUACCGCAAAUUCUUGAAGUACCUGACAUUAACAACGAGAGAGAAUUAUUUAUCUCUCUGAGUUUUAUUUUCUACAGGGCGUAUUCAAUCGGCUGUAUGUUGUGUUUACGUUUUAAAAUCGACAUUUUUAAAUCUAUAUUGGAGGAUUUUCGUCAGCAUUGGAACACCAGAAAUCACACCGAAGAUAGAAAAAUCAUGCAUCAUUACGCUAAACUAUCGAAGAUAAUAUCAAUAAUCACAUCGGUUACAAUAGGGAUUAUCGCCUAUAACAAGCUGUUAUCACCACUGGCUCAGGAUAUUAUCAAAGGGAAGAAAUUAAAAAUGAUACCAGGACAUUCAUCGUAUCCGUUUCCCCUGUCUGAUCCAUUGGUCUUCGCUGCUUGCUACCUCGCAGAGUUCAUCGUCAUCACUGGAUUUUCGAUGAUAACAAUAGGAAUGGACAAUUGCUUUGCAGUCUUGAUUUUCCAUGCUUGUGGACAAUUGAAAAUCCUUGGAAAUAAAAUCAAAAGGUACCAGGGAAAAGUUCGUCAUCCAGGGAGGAAUGAUGCACCGGGGGAUUGCAAUUGUUUAAAGUGCAUUGUUGAUUUUCAUGUGAAGACCUGUGAACUGGUGAAGAAAAUUAAUAAUUUUUACAAUUCAGUGGCAUUUUUGAAACUGUGGGUGUCAGUUUCUUACUUCUGCUUCAUCGGAUUCAAUAUUUCCAAGGCUGUGGAGAGUAAAAACUACACUGGACUAUUUUCCAAUGCACUCAAUAUGAUUUUCAUGAUGGUAGCAUUAUUCUUGUACUGUCAAUUGGGUGGAAUGUGUCAAGAGAUAAAUAAUGGCAUCAGUGACAUUGCAUUCAAUUCUGAAUGGAUGCAAAACCCUAGAAAUUCUCGAGACAUCAUUCUUAUCAUUCGACAGGCGAAUAUCCCAUUGAAAAUUACGGCUGCUAAUUUUUUUGUACUCUCCCGAAGUUUUUUCAAGGAGUAUAUUGUGACGUCAAUGUCUUAUUUAUCAGUGCUGAUAACAGUGAGGACAAGUAAAUGAGCAGCAGUUGCGAGGAGGACUGACAUUUUUUGCUGGAAUUCAGGAAUCCAUCCGCUACUUUAAUAUGAUAAAAUUAAGUAAUCCGGUGGGACUAAGAAAUGAGGAUAAUUCCUUGAGUUCUGAUUGUAGAAAAUUACUGGGAGAAUAAUUAAU